AUGUUUGCAGCAGCAACCAAGAAUUUUGUGAAGCAGGUAGGGGACACUGGACGCCUCGUCCAUGUGUCUAGUCUAAGUGAAGCGGACCGAUAUCAACCACUCAGCCUGGUGACGAGGAAGAGGAGACGACACUUCUGGAAGAAGACCAAAUAUGCCACAACCCCCUUCUCACUAAAGGACAUACUCGUUGGAGAGAAAGAGAUCACAGCAGGGGUCUCCUCAUAUCAGCUCCUAAACUAUGAAGACAAGUCGGAUGUUGCCCUAAAUGGGCGUUUGGGCAACCAUCUGAUCCACGAGGUGGGAGUAAAUGUGAGUGGUUCUGACUCUGUGGCGGUGAAGGCCUCGUUUGGAAUUGUGACCAAACAUGAGGUGGAGGUUCCUACACUACUGAGGGAACUCAAUGCAAGGAAAGUAGACCUGGAUCACUGUUUGAUCCGUCAGUCCAAAGAGAGUAAGCGGACUGUCCUUUGUGUUGUCAUGGAGAGCAUCCGCACCACACGACAGUGUUCACUCACUGUUCAUGCUGGAGUGCGAGGAACUACCAUGAGGUUCCAGAUAGAUGAUGGUCGAAACCCUAAAGGUCGAGAUAAAGCCAUUGUAAUUCCAGCUCACACGACCAUAGCAUUCAGUUUGCUAGAGCUUUAUGUGCGUCUUGAUGGACGUCUCGACAUAUGUGUGGCACCAGAGUCAGUAGGAGGGUUUGAGAGGGAACAGAUCCGUGAGCAGCUUGGGGGAUUCAUUGGCCGUUUUUCCUUUGGAAGACUCAGGAGAUUCCUGUCGGGAAUCAUCUAUGGAAAUCCUUUCAGAGCAGAUGACAGGACAUUUGAAGAGCUCACUCACUCGGAUAUGUACAUGGAUGAUGUUGUGACGGACUACUAUGAGAAGGCUGCCAGCAUGACCGACCUGUCCACAGCCUACCUGCGGGAUGAAAAGCAUGCACGUGUAAAUCUGCUCAACCAUAACAUACCUAAAGGACCGUGUGCCUUGUGUGGCAUGGGCCACCAGAAGCGUGAGACUGUCUAUGGCUGCCUGGAAUGCUCUUCAGGGGGAAACAAAUAUGUCCGUCUCCAUGCUGUUCCAUGUUUUGACCUCUGGCAUAAAACUAUGAGGUGAGGACUGGCCUGGAGGAACUCUCAGGGUGAUUUUCGUGCAAAUGUUGUGCAAUAUGACCGCAAGAUGUAAAACCCUCCGCUUUCAUUUCGGCAAAAACACAUUUUAUUCUCUGCUCAUUCAAAAACAUAAUAAUAAAAAAUCUAAAUAAUUCCCAACUUUUUACUGGUGUACACAUUGAGACUCUCAUAAUAGGUGCUAAUUGUGUAUUGCACUGUUUACAUAUUUGUACAUAACGUUCAUUUAUAUCAGUUUUAAGAUGGUGUUUCUUACCUAUCCAGAUACAAAUGGACAAAAUAACAUACAUUAGGGCAAAAAGCUAGAGCAGAUAUUGAUUUCAUCACGUGAAGACCAGCUGAUGUUUACGAACGCACUGUGCAGUCUGAAUAAUUCAGGCCUAUCAAUAAAUUAGUCUGUAGAUCACAUGAUGGCAGAGCAGGAAGUGCUUCGCUGACUGAUGUCUCCUGUGAACAGUACACCAUGGAACUGUUUCCAGACAAUGUGUGAACCGAAGGCCAGCAUAGUGCAAGGUUACAUUUGUGUGCUUAUAUGACACCUGUUGGCCCCAGUGCAUUCAGAAUAGUGUAAUGAAUGGAAAAAAAACAAGUCUUAAACUGUUUAUGUGUAGCAUGGAAUGUCAAGAGCUUGAAUGACAAAUAUUUGAAUGUCAAGAACAAAAAUUAAAA